AUGCCCGGCAAGGCUACGAAAAAACGGAAAUUCAGGAUAAACUCCGUGGAGAACGGACCCUCUGGUGAUACACAUGCAGAUAGAAAGUCUUCUAAGGCAUCCGAUGCAAAGAGAAAGAGGGUGAAACCCGCUGGUCAUAGAGAGACAGAUAGAAAGUCUCCUAAGGCACCCGAUGCAAAGAGAAAGAGGGUGACCUUUUCAGGUCAUGUUGAAGUAUUUCCUUCAACUGCGGAUGAGAAAAGUGCUGGCAAGUCCAAUGAAGAGGAUUUGGUACGUGGCAAAAGGUUCUCUGAAGAAGAAGAUGAGAUGAUCAAGCAAGCUGUUCUUGAUUACAUAAAGGUCAGUUUCUCACACAAUUCAUUACAAGUAUGGUACUUACCUCGCUGCAAAAGUUAUGAGAGCUGUCGAUCAUGUUCCAUGGAGGGAUCCCUCCCUUCUCUCUCUGCCUCCCUCUAUCUUUACUUCUCCAAUAUUUACACUGUCAGUUUCUUUCUAUCAACCUUUAUGGUCCGUGGUUAUCUUGGAGCUUAGUCUUUUUCGAUGGUAGUUUUUUUGUGUUACAGCAUCUGGUGGCAUUUUUUUUGGGAUGCUGCUCGUAUAUGGCGUAAGCCAAUCACUCUAGCUUAUAAAAUUUGCAUGUUGGUAGGCGAGAUAUGUUAUUAUCAAUAGUUCUGUGGUCGACUGUUAUCAAGCUGUAUAGGACUUUGAAUGACUACUCCAUCGUGAGAGCUGACCAAAGUUUAUUUGUCCCUCUCUACAACACACUUUUUUUUUUUGGACUCUAGAAAGUUCGACUAUUAUAUGGAAAAUACGAUUAUCAACGCUACUUAUUGAUGAGAAAAUGGUAAUUACUUACCUGAUCUGUUGCUUAUUCUGUUUCCAAACUGGUACGCUCUCAAGAAGUAAAUUCAAAUUGGGAACCCAAACUUUUUCUGUUUCCAAGCUCGCCGUGGUUGCUACAAUGAGUGUCUGGGGUUUGUCUUUUCUUAGGCUUGAGUUGUGCUCUUCUUGUUGAACACAUAUUUUAUGGUUCUUGGGGUCGGUAUUUUAAAAUGUAUUAUAUAAAUAGUGAAUGCUAUGGUAACCUUGGUCUACUGAUUUUUAUUGUCUGGAGUGUUCUGUGAAACGUUGGUCAAGGUUGAAACCCAAUUUCGUUUGGUUCUAGGACGACUCGCCAAUGUUGUCACCGAGUGUUAUCUCUGAAAAAAAUGAUUUGAUGUGCACUGGAAUGUGUGAGCAUUGAUUGGCAUCUGCGCAGGCUUUGCAGUCAGUGUUCACUAAUUCUCUCUUCUAAAUAAAAAGGAGCUCGUACUCUACAGAAAAUUUAUAUAGAGCUCUGAAUUGAAUGCCUAGUAUUCCUUUGAUCAAUGCAUGAUCUUUGUCUUAGUACGGGCCUGAUGUACACUCUUUCAUGUGUGUUUCUUUCCAGGAAAACAACUUGGGUGAGGAUGGGCUGCAGAUGGUUCUCCAUUGUAGAUCUCAUCGGGAAGUUAGACAUUGUUGGAGAGAAAUUGGUAAAUGCUAAUGUCACAAAUAAUAGAGCAAUAGUGUCUUAACCACGCCUGCUUGCCAGCAUGUUUAUUGCACGUACUAAUUGGGUCCUUCUGAUCUAGAUCUUCGCUUUUGUCCUUAUUCCCUUAUUAGUGGCCCUCUGUCAAGAUAGCUUUUCGCAAGAAUUGCCAAAAAUUAACGGAUAUGUGAGGAGCCAGAUUGAACUCUCAACAAGCAUAAGUCAUCUGGAAUGAGCUAAGUCGUUGAAAAUCACAUUAUUUUAUGAAUGGAAUACAAUGAAAAGAUUGGCUGGCAAAUGCCAUUCUUGAACAUGUAAUCAAUAUAGUUAGAUAUGAGAAUGGUGACAAACAUCUCUCUUUUUUUGUUUAGUUGCAUCCUCUGACAGUAACUUUCUGCGCCUGCAGAGAGAAAAAACCUUCAAAUCCAGAACCCAUUUUCUGCAUCUCCAUGUUUUCAUACUUCUUUUCUACUGUCUUCUACAGCAUUAGUCUCUCUCUCCACACUGCUUCUAGCUUCCUGUGCUAAUCUUGAUCCUAUUGAUUUAGUCUUAUCGACUGUGUGGUCGUUUGCAGAGUUAAUAACCCUUGUCAUCGUAUAACCUUUUCCCAGAAAUGUGCCCAUCUACUUUCUCACGCAUUCUGAAAAAUCGAUUGAUGGAUAUGAGAUGGAAAUAGCAUGGCCAUGACCCGCUCUGAUGUAUUGCAAUUCGGUAAUUACCUUUAUUGUGAAAUUUGCUUGCUCCUCAUCAUUCUUUUUUGGUGAUUUGAAGGAACCGCUUUACCUUGGAGGCCUCGGCAAAGUGUAUACAAUCGAGCACAAAAUCUGUUUCGAAGGGGUGAGAAACGAAAGUGGAAACCCGAAGAAUUGGAUCUAGUCCGAAGGUAAUUUUCAUUAUUGAGUCUCCUUAGGCCUCAAGCCAGCUUAGUAUCACAGUGUGGAUAAGCUUGCACUCAUCAUGCAGACUUUGCUUGUGCCCAGCACGCAUCAAUGGCUUUUAUGCAUUCAGAGUGCCCUUUAAUUCUUUGAAUCAUGAAAUUUUCAAAUCCAGGUAUCAGGAUGAGCAUGGAUCAAAAUGGAAGGAGAUGGCCGAGCUGCUUGGCAAACACAGAACUCAUGUCAAAGAUGCAUGGAGAAGAAUAAGAUUGGCUAGUCCAAAGAAAGGUACGUGAGUUCCUUGGCUUGAUUUUUUUUCUUCGUCAUUAUCUUGGCAUGCAGAUGUAAAAAGAGCUGUAAUUGUCAGCACCAUUUUCGGUGGCAAUUAUCUCACGUUCAUGCCAUUCGCAUUGUUUAUUCACUAAAAUUAUAAAUAUUUUAAUUUGCUAACACCAUAAUUCAUCCAACCUCAUGAUGCAUACAUGGUCAUGAAUUUGUCUGGUAAAUUGCUGCCAUGCAUCUUGCGUCAGUGGUCUUCGUCACUCUGUGUUGCUAUGAAAUGUCCCUAUUAUUUCGCCAACAAACCAGACGUACCAGGAGGUUUGGUGUUUUCUGGUAUUUUCCCCUGAUUUAUCUUGCAUAGUAUAACAACUGUUAUAAAUCGGAUAUCAUGGACCAAAGGGCGUAUGAUGUAAGUCUUGCCGAUCACAAUAUGCCAGGAAAUCGAUCAAAUUUCUCUUGAUCGUUUUUUUUUUUUUUCGACCAACCAUUCCACGCAGGUCCGUUAUGGCAUUCUUAUCGCUCCGGGUCAAUGGCAUUUCAGGCCUUGUUCACGUUCAUCUUCUUCCACUUGAUAUUCGUCUGCAGAUUGCUGCCUGUCUUCCUCCACUCCCUCUCAUUCGAUCUUCUCUCUCCCUCGUUAUCUCUUACUGGAUGUGUAGGAAGAUUUGUCUCCUUACAAUGCAGUGCCCAUGUAGAACCAUCUCUUUAAUUUGCUUUUCGUAUGCGCUAACAACUGAAUCAAAUAUGUGGAUAAUCGCGCCUGUUUUCUUCAAAAUUUUAUAACCUAUUUUGGAUAUUUCCCUGCUUUCUCUAUAUUUUACCCAGUUGAGAUUCUUGUCAAACGGAAAUGGAUCAUACCCAUUUGUUGAUUCCACCUUUCCUGCUGCCAUUCCUCCCAUCUAUGCAUCUUAUUAUGGAUAAUUUUGCUGAUUUAUUAAUUACGAUUCAAGUUUCGGAUAUUUCGAAGUCCAUUUUUUUCAUCUUCUUGAUACCUCUGACGCCAUCAGAACGGCGCCAUCUGCCCAGCAGCAAAAAUGGCAUGAUCAGCCUUCGAACCGUGUUGAUUCUGCUUUUAGUCGCCAGAUCACCAUUCAGCUGCUAGAGCUGGGUUUUGCAAGGUUUCUUCUGGGCGAUUUGACUCUGGGCAGCCUUAAUCUUCCAAUAAAAAGGAAGUCCACAUAUCUGAUAUAGCUGGAUUACCUGAAAAAUACUGCUCUUGCGCAAGAAGCAAGUUGUUAAUUUGAUUCAGUUUUGAACAACCCAAAAACAUCAUCCGACUGUUGUUCCAGAGGAGUUGCUCAGCUUGUUUUCAUCGACUCCGAUGCAGGGAAGUGGAGCCAGGAGGAGUACCAGACUCUGUUUGAUCUGGUAAACAUGGAUCUGCAGUUAAAAGCCUUUGAGGAGAAGCAGACCAAGCACGGAAUGGUUAUUAUUAGCUCUUUCUCCCGCCCAAAAUCCUGCAUCUUCCAUUCGUGAUCCUCAUCAUUCCCACCUAUCAAUCUCCCCUUCCUCUUUGGCAGCUGAGGGAGAACAUCUCGUGGGGAGCAAUAAGCCAGAAGAUGUCUUCUCGCUAUGAAAUGGCCUGCUGCAUGAAAUGGUAGGAUACUACCGAAGCUCAUUCCUCCUCAGAUCGUCGCACUGAUCCCAUCUUGCGGGAGGUGUUCGGAGUUGACUUUUUCUGGUGGGGGGGGGGGGGGGGGGGGGGGGGAAGGGGCUAAUGUUCUUGGGAAUUUCUCAGGUAUUCGCAGUUGACUUCUCCCAUGGUCGCCCAGGGCCUCUGGGCAGAUGCCGAUGAUUAUCUCAUGAUAGACGGGUAACGUCCUCUCAUUCUGCGUUCCCUCCGACAUCGCUUGUACAUCUGCGGGUAGAAUCUUCCCUGAUUUGGAUUUGGAUUUGGAUUGGCCUGUGUGUUGUCGCCGAGGCAGGCUCCUGCAGCUGGAUGCGUGCUGCAUAGAGGACGUUGACUGGGACAAUCUUCUCGAGCACAGGUGGCUGCGCCCGUCGGACAUGAAUGCUCCCUGCUGUUCGUCUCCGCCCCAUUUUUGGUAAAGAUCUCUGAACUUCUGCCCGCUGACUUUGUCCCAGGUCCGGGGAGAUCUGCUUGAAGCGGUGGAGGCAGAUGGCGAGGCACAUCGGCGGGACCAGGGAGAGGUCGUUCAUGGAGCAGGUGGAGCUCCUCGCCACCCGCUACUGCCCCAACAUGCUCGAAUACCGGACGCAGAGCUUGAAGAAGUCCGCCGAUGGCUCAGACUGA